AUGCUCAUGUUGUCACAAAAUUUGGGAAAUAUAGCUGUACAUCAUUUGAUAUUGGCUGGUAAUGACUCUGAGGACGAUCUACCGGUUUGUGCACCCAAUGCCGUGUGCUCUAAGAUCGAUUUAUAUGAUACACCUUGGAUAGAGCGUCAGUGUCGUUGUCCGUCCAUUAACCGGGCACCCGAAAUAAUCAUACAUCACCAUCACAAGGACCCACACUUGCAUCAGAAUCAUAAUACCGAAAAAUAUCACAGUUAUUAUGAACAUUCAAAAAUUCUUCAUCAAAAUAAACAUCUACUAUUAGAUGCUGCCGGUUUUGCCGGCGAUAAAAAAUACGAUAGUAUUCAUUUGAAAAAACUAAUGCAUAAAUUGGGGGCUGUCUAUGAGGAUGAUAUUAAUUUGCCCUCAGAUUAUAUAUUACAUGAUGAAAAUUCGGCUUUAGCCAGCAAUGAGGAAGGAGGUUCUUUGCUUUAUACCGAAGAUAUAAACGAUAAUGAAUAUCCCCAUUUAAGCAGAAAGAGUCAGCUGCAGCAAGAACAGCAACAUCAUUUGUAUACGAAUUCUGCACACAUGAGACAUUCGGGUCAUAUGGGUCAUCAAGAGAAAUUGACAUAUAUUGGCGGUUGCCCUAGUGGUUUGGGUGUUGAGGAUGGUCAUACGAUUGCCGAUAAGACUAGACAUUAUAAAUUGUGUCAGCCUGUGCAUCGGCUGCCAGUGUGUAGACAUUUCCGCGACUACACAUGGACAUUGACCACCUCAGCUGAGGUAAACUCAACAGAGCAGAUUGUUCACUGUCGGUGUCCUAAGAAUUCAGUGACUUAUUUAACGAAACGAGAGCCAAUGGAUGAUGGCAAUUCGGGUUAUAAAUAUUUGUUUGCGUGUUCUCCAUUAACGCGCCUGAGAUGUCAACGCAAACAACCUUGUAAAUUGUUUACAGUGAGAAAACGUCAAGAGUUCAUUGAUGAGGUCAAUAUCAAUGCCUUGUGUCAGUGUCCUAAAGGUCAUCACUGUCCCAGUCAUCAUACGCAGUCUGGCGUUAUAGCUGGAGAAACAUUUUUGGAAGAUAAUAUCCAAACAUAUUCCGGUUAUUGCAUGGCCAACGAUUGAUUCUAAAGCAUGCAAAUUUCCAAUAUUUUGUAAAAAUUUAAAUACACAAAUCCAAAAGUAAACUUCUUUGUUGUCAUAGACAUUCGUUAAGUUUUAAGUUUAUGAUUUAAGUUACAAAACAAACAACAACAAUGAGAAAAAAAAUUAUUUAAAAAAAAAUUUUGAACAGGUUCAAAAUAUUGUUUAAGUUUUUUUAUUAUUAUUUUUUUAUUAAAAAAAAUUAAUUUAAUGUUUUAUUUUUUAUGACUGAGCCGCCAAUAAAGAGUCUCAUCCUAAAGCAAACGAUAACAAAAACUAUAAAUUGAAAAAUAAAAUUUAAUCUUUUUUAAUAAGAUUUACAAAAACCACUACUAUUAAUAAUUGUAAACAACCAAAUUCGUAUUUAAUAAGUUUUAUUUUAUAAUUGUAAUUUUUUUUAGUUUUAUUUUAUUAUUAUUUUUUUUAUAUUUUGUAUUUAAGUUUCACCAACAAAACAAAGUCUUUUUUAAGGAAA